AUGGAUCCACCCCAACCAUUACCAUCGACCUCGCCUCCCCCAUCAUCCCUAUCCGACCCCGCAUUCCACGUUCCGCCUCCUCCGCAGUUCCUUCUCCCCUCCGCACCAUCCCGCCACCUCCCUACUACACCGUUGCCCGCUGUCCCAUUGUACCGCGGAGCCCGGAGAAUGUGGGAAUCCCUCCAGCGGGAGCUGAAAGCGAGUCGGCGGGGCGAGUUCCCACAGGCCCCCGCCGAGGCCAACCGAACCAGCGAAGAUGGCGUGGACCACCACGCGGAGGCCGGCCCACUCCCCGACUCACCGCACACGCCUCCGCCACUUACGGCUCAGCUCGAGCUGAGUCCCACGUCUCCCAGGAACCAUACCUCGCUAGACCCGUUGCCACUGCCACACGCGGCCCCCCACAGCGCGCCGUUAGAGGCCGUGUCCAGCCUACGAACUUCAGCACAUACCGUUUCCCUUCCGCCACUAGCACAUCUUCCUCCAGCCGCUCCCACUCGAGCGGAGGGAGCAGUCACGCCAGCACACGACAGUGCCCGUCGUGUGGCGCCAUCUCCCCCGCCAGUUCCGUUGACCCCGCUCCCCAGCCUUGGACUCCCGCGUUCGGAGCAGUACGCGGCCGAGGUGGAGGCACUUAUCGGGCCGCGCAUUCCGCAGCUGAGCGACAGAGCGGACCAAUUCGUGGCGGCCGCGCGAGAGGUGCUCGACGCAGAGCCGUCGCCGCUCGAUCAGUUGACCCCAGUCCGGCUUGAGUUCUUCGCGCCGACCGCCACCUUAUCCGCACACAACGAACGCCAACUGCGAAUGGUAAUGGAGGACGAAGCAUACCGGGUCGACAGAGUUCUUGAAAGUGAGCGGGAUUUUCGCUUUACCGCCACCGCCACAGAAUCGUCAUUCGUGCAAGUUUCUGUUCUGCAUUCGUUGCUGGAGGUUGUCCAUGAGCGGGUAAUGGAGCCGGCGCUGACUACGGAGCAAUGCGAUGCGUGGCGUACUGUGGAGCUGGCGUUGAUUAACGCUCAUCGCGGGGCGCAAGUCGGCGCUCAAACCCACCUCCGGGCAGCAUUGAACGACUUGGCGCGUGUUGAGAAGAACACCCAGCGCAUGUGGGAGGUUUACCAGUACUGCCAAGAGCGCUGGGGGCCUAGUGGUCAGCAAAAUCUUCAGCCUUGGGACAUCACUCACCUGCAGUCAGACACUGACGAUGACGACACCAACUCCGACAAGUCAGAUGGCGACGUUGAGAUGGCAGACGCCCAGGAGCCUGGUCCGGAGCAGCCAACAGACGCCCAGUCAGGUGCCGAACAACCCGACGAGUCCAGCAUGAACCAUAGUGCAGAGGAGCUCGACCGCGAGUCCAUCACGGAGCCUGGAGGCGAUGAAGACGACCGCGGAUGGGUGCAGUCAUGGGGAGAAGCCCAUGCGGCAUUGUUCAAUAACGACGAAUGGCUUGCGGAGCACGCACCUGCUGAUUCGGCCUCUGAAAGCCGCCCCGCAACGCCAUCCAGUAUGCCGUCGCUCGAGUCCGUUUCCACUAGCCCAUACUCGUCUUACCCCGGCUCUCCGACCUUGUCAUCCCGCAGCCACGUCGACGCGCUUCCCGCACAAGAGCCGCCGUCCCAGCCCGUCCCGAACGGGCCGUUUGUGUUCCAUAUCGGAGUUCCAGCCGCGGCGGGCGUUAAGCGUUCGUUUGCUGGACGCGCUGAGGCGUUUUCGAAAGAAGAGACAGAGGAGAGCGAGAGAGACGCGAGACCAGUGGCGCGGCCACGUCUCUUGCCUCCCACCUACCACGAGUGCACCUUGCCCGCGCACAACCCCAACGGUUGUGUCAUCUGCGUGCGAGCCCACGCCAUUAAGCGCAAACUGUUGCGCGAUGCACAGUCGUCCACAGCGAGAAACGCGUACGAGCAGUCGCCACUCGCUGCCAACGCGUCGGCGAAUGAUCUGGCAGCCGCCCUCUCUCCUGAUGCUCACAUGGACUCACUGCCCUCGCAAAUGACUCGAGAGCAGCCGCGUUUGGUUGCAGACAUACUGUCCAUUGCCAGCCCAUUGUUGUCGCGCGAUGCAACAUCGCCUGCAUCGACCGGAAGCGCAUCCGAGCCGCUGCCGCCCGCUGCCAACGCGACUGCUGCUCGUUAUGCGGCUGCGCUUUCCCCAGACACACAUGUAGACCCACCGCCCUCGCAGACAAAUCUGGAGCAUUUGCGCACCGUUGUGGAGACGUUUACGGCCGCUAGCCCCCUGCGACACGACCAGAAUCGCGUUCCUGCGCGUCCUCCAGCUCCCAUCUUUCGAGCGCUCGCAAGCCCAGACCUUCCGUUGGUGGAUACUCGCUUACAGCCAGCGACUGCUGCUCCUCCGCGUGCCCUGUCUUCCAUCCACUUCGACACAAGCGACGAGGAGAUGGGUGACAACUUCCAGAUGUCCCCGCCUGGUCUUGAGGCUCCGCGCCCGCGUCCACAGUCUCUGCCUGACGUUCCGCGGAGUGUCUCGCAACCCGAAUCGCCACAUCUUCUGUACACCACCCAUCUGUCACUCCAAUACGACUAUAACUUCACGGCACCACCACUCACGAACGCUCAGUGGCGGCAAUAUCGAUGGAGCAUGGUCGACUUGGAGACACUCCUGGCUGCAACUCCGUCUCCAUCCGACUCACGCGCGCCCGGCCGCGUGUCUAGUCGCCCGCGGACAGAGAACCAGCACCUUGCGCGCGACGUUCGAAACGUGAUGCAUGGUCUUGGGGCGAAGCUGCGGAGUGAAUUUGCGGUCUCUGUCAUGCCGCUGUUCGCACUUCGAAGCGCGCUGCGGCACGACCUUGCUAAUCUAGUUGACACCCACGCAACCGGACCCGUUGUUCUCUAUCGACCCCGCCCGGAGCACCCCGCCUACAGGGUAGACCUCAACACAGCCCGACAUGAACCUACCCCGACGCCGCCACAAGUCGAGCUUCACGGCCCCGCAAGCAUGGCGCGACGUGCCAGCGAGGAGCUUAUUGAGCAGUUGCUACCAAUUGUCUGCCCAGAUGCCGAAUUGGCUCCCCGCCUUGCGGAGCGAUGGGCAGAGAAGCGCGGCGCGGAAACUUUACGGUUCCAUUUUAUCGACCACCCCGUUCUGGACGCGAAGGUGGUGGCCAUGUUGGAGGUUUUGUUGGACGCGUGUCACGAGGCCGGCCGCCACUUCGAGGUGGGUAUGUUGGAAGAAUGCAUUGGGGUGCGCUACAUCCCGGCUGCCGAGCGAGUCUUGCGACACCUGCGGGACAACGACUUCUUCGACAUCGCCCUCCCUUCCGAUGCAGAUGGCAUCUUCCUUCGUGAUCUCAUCGCGAGUGCGGAGAAUGGUGAUGGAACCCCCAGCUCAGAUAGCUUUAGCGUACAGACCCCCUCCGAUAGCAGCGGGGAGUUCGCGGGGCUUCAGUACCUUUACAGCUCGUCCUCCAGCAGCGCUUCCGACCCCCUUGAGGGUAUCAGUGAUGCCGCCGAAUACCUCCGAAGAAUCCGCCCUACAGUCCGCGUCUCCGACAGCUCCCACGCCGCCUUUAUCGACCCUGCGAUUGCCCGGGUCAUCGACGAUGCUCACGCCCAAAUGCAACAGGCUUCGUAG